AUGAGCGAUGACUCCCUCCAAGCAAAUGCGGAGACCGUCGAAGUGGACUCGGCCAGCGGUGAUUUCACCGACGAAGCUGAUGAGGACUCUGUACAACCGACAGUGUCCGAUUUCGCCUGCGAAUAUUGUGGAAAGCGCGUCAAGACGAAGCCAGGACUCCACAAGCAUAAGAAACGAUUCCACGAUGCCGAGAGGCGUCAGUUGAUGAAAUUCCUGUGCAGCAAAGGCUGUAAGACCGGAUUUCCGCAUCUGAAUCUCCUGCGGAAUCACUAUGUCGCGAAGCACGACCAGCCGCCUCAUCAGAUCACAGCGCAGUUUCCUUCAGUUGAAGCAUUCGAGGCUUGGAAGGAAAGCGAAGAACAGACCGCCAACGCGAAGUUCGUCGUGAAAGACCGGCGGUCAGCCGGUCAGAAAGGUAGAACUCGCGUCAUGUAUUGGUGCCACAGAUCUGGCAAGGCCGGCGAAACGAAGGAUACACCGAGAGCCAAAACUCCGAGGAAUGCCGCAAAAUGCGGUGUCAUCUGUACGGCCGCAAUCAAUAUUUUCAUCAACCCGAAUGGAACCGUGAACAUGACAUAUUUCCCCGAACACUGGGGUCACGAUAGAGAUGCCGAAUACUUGUUCGUGACCAAAGAGCAACGGCAGGAAAUCGCUCAGCAAAUAAUCGACGGCCUCUCACCUGAAGAGAUUGUGAAGCAUUGCCAGAAUAGCGACAAUAUCAGGCUGAAAAAAGUCACUCGAAGCACCAUCUAUCGGAUCUGUCGGGACUUCAAAAUCGAGUGGAUUUGGAGCAAGCAGGAUGUCAAGAUGGCAGGAGGAAACUCGCCUUCUGCUCGAGUCUUCGCAGAAGAAGAAACGAGCAGAUCGGAAGACGAUCUUGAUAAUGUCGGAUUAGACGAGAUGGAAACCCUGGUGCCGAGUCAGAAGCAGGCUCUGGAAUGCUUGAAUCGGAUCUCAACACUCAUCGUGAACGGAGCCAUGCUGACGAGUGAUGAUAUGAGUCACCUGGAAACACUGAAGAACAAAUUGAACGGCCAAUUCACCAACCUUGAAGUACCGUCCGAUUGCGUCAUGAUUCUGGACACCGCUCAGACCUCUUCCCGCUCGCCCUCGAAUACAUCGCGGCAUGCUCCGCGUGAUCUCAACGUAGCGAUUAUCAACUAUGAUGGCUGA